UGAGUUUCAUUAAAGGGCCAGUGUGGAGGUUUGCAGCUGGCUCGUGGAUGGACUGGUGUUGCUGCGAAUCGAAACCUAACCAGGGACAGAGAAUUCAGAUACGAAGCCUCAGCAGGCUCCUCUCUCCUGGCUCGCUAUUGAUCAGCGUCUGCACGGCCUCUCACCUGCUGAAACUUUCUUCGUCUCUUUCUCCCUCAUCCACGAAAUGGCACGCUUUUAAACUUUGCUUCGGUUCAAUGAACUUCCCCACUUCAUCAGUGAACAAGCAUGGAACCUGUCAGACAGAAACGCAAGGAGGAGAUAAGCAAAGCUCUGACAUUUAUACAGUCUUCCCUGGCUUAUCCAGAGCCCGAGGGCUACCAGGACUUCCUGACUAAGUUAGUGUGCAACCUGCUCGAUGAGGGCAACGCCUUGUUCAGGGAUGGAGACUGGGAGCAGGCGGUGAAAGAGUUCAGUGAAGGCUUGAAUGUCUCGUGCUACGCUGCAGCAGAGGAGCUCCAGAUCUCCGAAGUUUUGCUGGAGAGCCUGUAUAUCAACCGGGCUGCUACCUACCACAGUAUGGGGGAUUACCAUCGAGCCCUGGAGGACUGCAACAGAGCUCUGAAACUAAAAGAGUGCAAGGAAAACCCCAAGGCCCUGUACAGGAAGGCACUUUGUUUGAAGGAGCUUGGGAAGUACAGGGAGGCCUACAACUGCACCACCGACUGUCUGCUCAUCAGUCGUCUGGACAAACAGGUGAAUGAGCUUGCACAGGAACUGGCCGUCCACCUGGGACUAAAAAAUCGGAAACCCUAUGUCAGCGCAAAGAAAGACGCACUUAUCACAAGAGGUGUCGCAAAUGGAAACAUGACCGCUGAAACGAUCAUGGUAUCUGGUGCUCAUUUAGGAAACGGUACCAAUCCUCUGAGUGGCCUUGCUCCAGUCCGCUUUCCCAGCAUGUCUCAGCCGUCCAGUCCCUCCACAACUCCCAGCUGCCACCAACCCGCUGUCUUCAAAGUACCUGACACGGUGGACACUCUGGAGGACUCUGAGCUGAUGGGAGAUGACUUGGACAGCCUGCUCGACUGCUUCCCUAAUGAGCAGGAGCCAACUGAGACCCACACCCAGGCAGCAUCCUCAGUCCCCAACAAGACCUCCACAUCCCCAUGCACAGUUCCUUUUAUCCUGCCCGCCCCGACACCCCAGCUACCCCCGGCCUUCUUCAGCUCGGCCGUCAGCCCACUCAACACCCUGGACUCCUUUUCAGGUGGUGGGUGCAGCACCACACCUGCAACACUAGAUGCUCUAGACGACCUCUCGCCCUCCGGAAUUGGUGGCACAGAUGCUCUAAACCUGGGAGUGACCUCUGUGGCGCUGGAUGAACUGGAUGCCCUUGAUUCCCUGGAUGACUUCUUGGAAACGACUCCAGGUGCCGCUGCUGCUGUGACUGAGUCCAAAAUAGAACUGGAUGUCGGCAACAAGUCCCUUGAUGAUUUGCUAGAUGAACUAGAUCCCCUGGAGACUGUCUCUGAUCCAGGAGGUCAGAGUGGUGUUGUCCCUAAGCUUGGUCUGAAAGCUGUGGACCAGGUCAAGUCCCUUGAUGCCCUGGACUCGUUUCCCUCAGUGGAAGGUGUUGGGGCAGCUUUGCCAGCAAUCUCCUUUGGGGGAACAGCCCUGGACUCAUGCUCUGAUUUCCGCUCAACUGGUAUCACAGGCUCGCACAGUGCUGCAGCUACAGUAAUGCGAUCUCCAAAGAAUAACUACAAAGAGAGGAAUUACAAAGGGCUGGUUGCAGCUUCUAACCCCCUGUCUGCCACCCAUGAGUUCUUGCAGGCGUGCUCUGCCUGUUUCCCUCGGCAAGGUCAAAAGAUUUGUAGUUUUGUUCAUAAGCCAGACCUGGUCCACAGCUGUGAGCGAGACAUUCUGUUAUGUAGACGAAAGGCAGAUCGUCCUUCAGAGUGGACCAGAGUGCGGCCGCUUCCUGCCUAUACUUCCUUCAGUGGGCCGUUUGUACUUUGCAGGGAACUGCUGAAGUUCGGGAACUGUCAGUACAAAGAGAACUGCAAUUUUGCCUAUAACCAGCUGGAGAUUGACGUUUGGACAGCGGAGAGGAAGGGGACGCUGGACAGAAAACUGCUGUUUGAAACAGACGCUGUCAAAAUGGACCCUGUAAUCAACAUCAUACGCCUUCUACAGGAAAACAAGGGCAUGUUCAUGUUCCUCUGUCAGGAAUGCUAUGACAGUAAACCUAGAAUCAUCAGUAAACGCUGCAAAGACGAUCACACCAUAUGCUCUAACUUGGAUGCUCGCCACACCUUUGAUGCUAACAAGUGCCUGGCAUUCGUGGUGAGGACCCACAGUGUGAACUACAGAAAGGUCCGUCCACUGAGCGUCCUGUGCCACUUGGAUCUGUGCCGCCAAGCCAUCCGUUAUGGCUGCCAGAGAGAAGACAACUGCCAUUUUGCCCACUCCGUCAUAGAGCUCAAAACCUGGAGAGUGCAGCGGGACACAGGUAUCAGCCCUGAUGAGAUUGUGAAAGUAUCUACAAAGUAUCAUGACAAGCAGGAGCAAACCUCAAGCAAACACAAAGGAAAUAGACAGUUGUCUUCUGGACGUGGUGGAAGCAAAACUAGAGAAGGAGUUGGGAAGAGUAUGAACAUGAACAUGAAGUUUGCCUGUGCUCAGUGCUGGCGGGACGGCCUGAUCAGUGAACCGGACAAAACCCUCAAGUACUGCACUGCCAAGGCCAGGCACGCGUGGACUAAAGAGAGAUGGGCACUACUGGUGAAGUCCUUGGAGAGAAGCAAAUGGGUUCAGGUCCGACCACUACCACAUGCCAAGAACUUCCCUGCACACUAUGAUAUAUGUACACAGAUUUUGGCGAAACGGAAAUGUAACUACACUGGGAAAUGCACCUUUGCUCACAGCCAGGAGGAGAAGGAGAUGUGGACGUAUAUGAAGAAUAAUGACUUGCGGGACAUGCAGCAGAUAUAUGACAUGUGGCUUAAAUUAAUCGCCCACAACCACCAGGCAGAUGGAGCCAUGCUCACCCAGCCUGUCCCAGAAGAGAAAUAUAUCGUCAUGCCAACUGACUAUGCUGAACCAAUGAGUGGCUUUCACUGCCGUCUGUGCGGUAAGCACAGUAACAGUAUAAGGCAGUGGCAACAGCACAUCUCCUCUGAGAAGCACAAGGACAGAGUGUUCAGCUGUGAGGGAGAAGAUGAAGCGCUGACGUGGAGCUACCGUUUCCCUGGGACAUGCUUUGAACUCUGCCCCAAGUUGGGUGGCAGCUGUCCUGACGGUGUGAGCUGUGACUACGCCCACAGCAAUGAGGAGCUCCAGGAGUGGACCGAAAGACGGGACUUCUUGCGACGAAAGCUGGCCAGAGCAAGGGAAGACAUGCUCAUCAUGCCUGAUGAGUUUGACUUUGGGAAGUUCAACUUUCUACUUCAGGAUUAAGAUUUUUUUUGACUUUGUGAGACUGCCAAACUAGAAUUUCAAAACUAAAAUCAGCAGGUGAUGUGGUCACAUAAGCAGUGUGUACAAUUUACCAAAACAUCACUUGGAAUGUAAGGUGUAAUGUAUUUGCCUUCCCAAACAUGCCAAAUACUAUUUACUUUAAACUGGUAGAUAUUUUAAUUCCUUCUAACAUUGUAUUUUUUUCAGAGCUAUUUGUAUUUUCUGUUCAGCUGAAACGUCAGUAAAAAAAAAUAGUGCUGUGAAAGUAAGGCUCAUGUUUGUGCCAUUCAUCUCAGAUUAUUCAUAAUGCCUUCAUAUAUAACCAAACAUGACCCAUGUGACAUCUGUUUGGUUCUUUUCUGUCCAUUAAGAGGCUGUUCAAAGUCUUAACUAUGCAUUAAAAAAGUCCCCAAAGAUUUCUCAACAUUUAACACAAAAAAAUUUGGUAUGCUCCGUUAUGAUUUGUAACAAGUGAAGAUGUGUUUUUGGUGGUAUGACUCGACUUUUUGUAUUUCUAUGUGGAGCAUAUGUGUGUUAUUCUGGGUCAUAUUUUCAUCACACAAGGCAAUUAUUGCCAUAUUGGCCAAAUUAUUUUGUCUUACAGUUGUGUUCAUUGUUUAACUAAAUGAGAAGUAAAUCACGUGAA